AUGGCAGCUUUAUGCUCUUUUUGGAUAGCAAUCGGAGCCUUCUUCUCUACGUCAAUUGUUUGUGGUUCAACAUCACUCGUUUCAGUAUCCGACCUAUGUAUCGAUAAAGCAGAUGAGGAUGGAUCAGAGUACAGGGGAACUGUAUCUGUCACAGCAUCAGGACAUGUCUGCCAGAGAUGGGACUCUCAAUCACCUAAUAAACACAAGGCAAUGACUUCCGAGAAUUACCCUGACGCAGGACUGCAAGAGAACUAUUGUAGAAAUCCAGACGGUGAUUCAGGCCCCUGGUGUUAUAAUGCCGAAGGAACUAAACCUAGAUUUGAGUUCUGUGAAAUACCUAAAUGUGUCUCGGAUUCUAAAAUGGUUAUAGAAGACCUCGGCUGCUGGAAAGAUACAUGAAACAGAGCUAUACAACCAAUUGAAGGGAAACACCCUCUACUCAAAGAUUCUUACGGAUCAAGAACUGAUGCGUAUAUAAAGUGCCUCAAAGCAGCCUUGUCCUUUGGAUACAAAGUAUUUGCUCUACAGCAUGGAGGUCAGUGUGCAAGUGCAGCAGAUGCGGAUCAGACCUAUAAU